AUGACCAAGCUGCUGCCUGCGCAGGAGGCCGCCAAGAUCUACCACACCAACUACGUGCGCAACGCACGUGCCAUGGGGGUGCUGUGGAUGCUCUUCACCCUCUGCUUCUCCAUCAUCAUGAUGGUGACCUUCAUCCAGCCCUACUGGAUCGGCGACAGCAUUGACACCCCUCAGGCCGGCUACUUCGGCCUCUUCUCCUACUGCAUCGGCAACGCUCUCACCGGCGAGCUCAUCUGCAAGGGUGGCCCCCUGGACUUGGGCACCAUCCCCUCUGGUGCCUUCAAGACAGCCAUGUUCUUCGUGGGCAUCUCCACUUUCCUCAUCAUCGGCUGCAUCCUCUGCUUCAGCCUCUUCUUCUUCUGCAAUGCAGCCACGGUCUACAAAGUCUGUGCCUGGAUGCAACUGGCAGCAGCUACGGGCCUGAUGAUAGGUUGCCUAAUCUACCCAGAUGGUUGGGAUUCCAGUGAAGUGAAGCGCAUGUGCGGUGAAAAAACAGACAAAUACACAAUAGGGGCAUGCACCAUACGCUGGGCCUACAUCCUCUGCAUCAUUGGGAUCCUUGACGCCGUCAUCCUCUCCUUCCUGGCCUUUGUUUUAGGGAACCGACAGGACCAUCUCCUCCCAUCUGACUUUAAAGUUGAUGGUAAAGAAGAGGUCAAUGAAUGAAGAAGCUGAACGCCACAGGGAAAAAAGCCAAGAAUCUCUCCAGGCAACUAUCCA